AGUCGUUGUAGUUGUUAAAGAACAGGUAUGCCUGGUAUUGCAACUGUUUUCUAAAGGACUCUCUACUUAACACAAUGUGAAAGUCUCUGUGUGUUUGGUAAAGCGUUCAGUAUGGCGUUGUCAUUGAAUGCGUUAUCCUCGGUGAUUUUGAUGUUGCUCACGAAAACACGAACAACAACGACAGAGGGAUUCACAGAGCGGGAAAUACAAGAACUGGAUAGUUUCACAAAUAACUUAUUAACAUGUCGCGGGAUACCUGGUCUUGCUUUGUCGGUUGUUAGGGGCCGAGAUGUCCUGCUCACUAAAGGAUAUGGAGUGACGGAUGUCUACAGCAAAUUGACAGUAACGGAAAAUAGCACGUUUUGUAUCGGAUCAAUCACGAAGGGGUUCACUGCUACGAUUCUAGCAAUGCUGAUUGCAGAAAAUAAAAGCUUGACUUGGGACACGCGAAUUCGGGAUAUCAUGGGAAACAGUUUCCAUCUAGCAGAUGAGGAAAGAACAAAUCAGGCGACGAUACGAGACCUCCUGGCUCAUAAGCUGGGUAUCCCUGGAUACUUUGGCGCACUGAUGAGUGGUAUGGAAGUGGACAGGAAAGAACUAGUGAGCCGACUUCGCUACUUCACAACAGACGAGCCAUUUCGUUCUAAAUAUAUCUACAAUAACUUUAUGUACAUGUUGGCUGGGUAUGUCGCUGAAAUUAUCACCGGUAAAUCGUGGGAAACCUUACUAAAGCAGAGGAUUUUGCGGCCCUUGAAGAUGACGUCGUCACUCUUGGUGAGUGAGAUCGAGACGCUGGAAGGAUUUGCUCUACCCCACAUGUCAUUCAACAAUUCCCUCAAGUGUAUAAGUCCAGAUAUUCUUGCAGUGGUCAGCCCGGCAGAUCCUGCAGGAGGAAUCUGUUCAACUGCUCGUGACAUGGCACAGUGGCUUUUGUUUGUGGUUAAUAAAGGUUUAGACCAGGCUAACAAUGAACUUCUUAGGUUUCGGGAAUUCAAGGAACUUCUUAAACCACAGCUCCCUACGAACUUACAGUUGGGGAAGAAGACAUUAAAGAAACCUAUAUUUCCCGUUUCCGAAGGCAGGUUUGCCUAUGACAUGGGCUGGGGAUCUGGCACGUACAGAGGCUUCCACAACGUUCAGCAUCCAGGUCGAAUCAAUGGCUACGACUCUCUAAUAUGGGUUUUCCCUGACAGUGAUAUCGGAAUCUUCACCAGCACCAAUGGUCCUAUGAAUGACGAGUCAUAUAAUGGACUCAGAGCUUUACAUUACUAUAUUUCUGAUAUACUUCUAAAGGAAAAAGUAUGGUUGAACCACACGACUGCUUGUACAUUUCCAAAUCCUUGGAUGAGUGACCACGAAGGGAGACGCCCAGCAUCUCAUAAAGCUGAUACAGCAGCAAGACGUUCAGGAAAUUCAUUACUUGAGACGAUGCAGAAACUGCAAUAUGUCUCAGAUAUUCCGUUAAGACAGUACGCGGGAACGUACGGUCAUUUAGCAUUCGGGAACAUAACAGUAACUUAUAACACAACGGACGAUUUAUUGUAUAUAUCACAAAAUAAAUAUUUCCGUGCUCGUCUUUACCCAUUGCAUGGUCGGCAUCGAUUCUACAUGAAACUAUUCGGCCCAUUAAAGUUCUGGACUUCAGCGGAUGGGUGGUCGGAUAGGAUCCCCUUGUAUUUCAAAUCAUCUGGGGGUAACGAGAGUAACAUACAGACACUGGUAGCAGUGCACGUAGAUGCGUCUGCCAAACCUGAGUUCCAUCGAGGUCUCAAGUGGGAUUCGCUCCCCAUUCCCACUACUAUCAUGCCUGGUAACCCAUGCGGCUUUGUUUCGCAUGCCUGCCACUCUGUCAAGGAUCCCGUUUCAGCCCUACUCCAAGUUCUUGUUCUCUUUUCGAUCUUUUUAAUCGAUCAUAUUGGAAUUCUAGUUUGAUCUCCAAAACAACCCCCCCCCCCUCCCCCAAUUUCAUUUAGAGAAUUGGGUCUUAGAUCAUCGAAUAGAAUACGCUGGAAUAACUAACACCACACUCUUCCUUGCCGUUGCAUUGGCGACGUCUCCUGUCGCAUCCGUGCUUAUGGCGGUCAUGUCACGCUUUCAUAUUGCAACGAUCAAAGAACAACAUGAUACUAAAUUGUCUUUCUUGAAAGAACAAAGCAAAUUGGUUUUAUUGUAGUAAUAUUUACAUCCUAUAUAUGUAAUUCAUCAGAAUUCAACAAAAAACUAGUUGCCUGCUAUAUAAAUCAUCAAGCUCAUUUCGGGGAAACUUAUCUGCCAUGGUAUGGAUGCGUACGUAUCAAAACAUUUAGUAGAACAAUGUUAAAUAAUACCUAUGGCUGAAGCAUGUAAAUAGGUUCUCAAUAU